UAUAAAGGAAAUAAAGAUAGGUUUCCUAUACUAUUUCUAAUUGCCCGAGACUAUCUAGGGCUACCUCCCGGUUCGGCCGCAUCCGAAACAGAAUUUUCUAAAGGAGCCGAUAUUGUUACUAAGAAACGUAAUAGAUUAUUACCGGGGACUAUUAAGCAAACGAUAUUACUUAAGAGUUAG